CACUACUAAAGAGCUUCUAUAUCAAAAACCUCAUAAACUUUGAAUGGUAUCACUUGCAGUCAGUAGUGACGGGCUGGCAGGAAUUGUGACAUUUUAAGACCUGCCCCGUUCGUUUGUUUUACAACUGUUAGGAGACGAAUUGGAUGGAGGGGAGGGAUCGGAACUGAUGAGGACGAGAGAAGACAAGGCAUAAAUAAAGGCAUAUAGAAAGUUGCAUGUUUCUUGCAGCAGGAAGGAGAUAAGCGGAUGAAGACUGGUGGUGCGAGGGCUUAUCCGUGCUAAUCCGUCGAACGAAUACUACAAAGACACGGCGAAGAAAAGUCGAUCAAUCGCAGUGAAUCGCACACAGUUGCAUCGUUGAAGUUACUUUAGAGUAAUGCAAAAUUGCCCAAAACUGAGUAAAGGAGGAAACUAAUAAUUAGCACUGAGUGAGUAUCGCUUAUUGCUGCUGUUGUAGGUGUGUGGGUUCAAUCACAGCAGCAGCAAAAAGAGGUAGGGGGUUGGGUGGUGGCUCCUAGAAUCAUAUGAGGUCAGAAUAGGUUAAGGUAUACAACCCAUGUCAUCGGUGCUGAUUUUGUCGACGGCGUCACAGCCGGUCGAUGCUCGAAAUAGCAAGUCUAAGAAAAUCUAAGUGAAGGCUAAACUAAAACGCAACUGAGAGCAGAGAUGUGUGAAAAACUGCGACUGAACGAAGUAAUUCCAGAAUGUCGCAAAAGAGUAAUAAUAAAAUGUUAAAUCAGCUGUCAUCACUGCUGCCUGAUGAUAGACCAGUAACUGCCAUUACGAUUGUGGAAGAUAUUGAGAAAUGCCCAUCAAAUUUCACAGCUGUAUCAAGGACAUAUGAUCAGGACUCUGAUGCAGAUUUGUGGAGGGACAGUGGAUUGUUUAUUAAAAAAAAGGGUAGAUACAUUUGUAUUUCCAAAACUGAGGGUGUACCACAUUGUGUCAUUGAAGAUAUUAGGAUUAUCAGUGAGAGAGAAAAUCCACCUGAAGGGUUUUGCUUGAUUGCACGUACAGUUGAUUCUGCACAGAAAGCCUGGAGAAAGAGACAACUGUGUUACAAAGUUACAAACAGGGAUUCUUGUGCUAAAGCGAUAACAGAUAUUAUUGUAUGCAGUCGUAUUAAAAAAGCUCCUGCAGGCUUCAUGUAUGCAGGUGAAAUAAAUGGUGUAAUAAUAUGUUAUAAGACUGGGACAGUUAGCAAUGGUAACUCAAGCUUGCAGUCCUAUGCAAAUAUAAAUUCAUUUCAAAAUAUAUCACCAAAUUCCUCAAAUGGAACUCCUAGCAGGAUACCACCAGAGAGGCCUCCAAAACCAAAAUUUGCUCCAAAGCCUCCUAAUGGUAUUUAUCCACAGAUUAGUCAAGUGAAUGUAGGAAAAAUAGAUAUUAAGGAGUCAAAUGAUCAAGAUUACGAGGUAUUGAGUCCAAAUGCUCGGAUCAAACCGACAAGACCAGCUCCUCGACCGCCUGUUUCAAUGCUCCCCGGUUCUCUGCCGAUUUAUGGUACACUGCCAGGAUCAUCCGAUCUCGAUGGAGUUCCUUUCAUUUUAAACAAUAUUCUUAGUUUACACGUUGAUUCAACAACUAAUAAGCUUCCUGUGAUAAAAACUCGAUCGCAAAAGGAGCUGGAUCAGGACUAUUUCUACGAUUUUCGAGCCGAGCGGGAGACUUGAAGAGGAUAAACGGAUUUAGUGCAUUCAGCGGAUACUGCGCGAUGUCUAAAGUGUCACAUGGCGUCUUGGCAACAUGGUACAUUUUUAUCGUAUCAUUAAUAUAAAUCUAGCCACGAGAGUAAUAGAGUGCCUGAGUGAGUGAUUUAUACUAACCUAUGAGUAAAUAAUGUAUAUGUUCAAUAGUGAGACGUACGAAUUAUCAAUGUAUUCGUACUAACGUAUCUACAAUGUAUAUCUUCCCUCUGCCAAUUUUUAUUCACUUUAUAUUAGUGAAAGCUAGUAUUGUAUUUUUAUAGACUUCUGUAGAACAACUAUGUACCUAUAAUACUAGACGAUAUACAUAUUUAUACAAAACA